CGUUCUGGUUUUACCGAAUAAUUGUAAAUAAAGUAUAUUAAUUGGGUGAAUAUGUCUGGCUCCGACGAUGAUUGUGAUAUAUUCAGUAUGCGGACACAAAGGAUCAAGUCUGUUCCCAAGCCGCUAGUAAAGUUUGAGCAACUGGAGUCCAAGGAGAAUGACUGCGAAUAUGAUUUUAUCAAGGCAAAUCCGUCCAACGUCAAGCAGACAGCGCAGUCGAAGGCAAAAGCCAAGCCUAAGGCCCAGCACAUGAAUAAAAACAAUGUAAUUCAAGUUGAAGAUGCACAGCUUGUAGAAACAACAACUACAAAGCCUGCUGAGUCUCCAGAGACUCCAUCGCGUUGUUUGUCUCCAGUUUCGCGUUUAAUACACGAAAUGGAGUUAAAAAAACAAAAUGAAGGGCCUGUUGCAAGACGCACACGUCGCUCGCUGGGUAAAUGUCAGUCUUCUCCAGUAAAACCGGCAGAAGUAAUUGCUUUGACAGAGUCACCUGAGGCACCACAGAGGCGUCGCGGUCGCAAAAAAGCACCACCAGUUGCAGCUACAGCUCCUACUGCAGUACCAGCACCCCUUACCUCUGCAACACGUCGUCAACAAAUGGCUGAGAUUGCAGCACGUGCGAAUGUGUUGGAUUCUAUAGAUCUCAUAUCAGCCGUGGUGCCACGCGUGGAGGGUUUUGUUAACUUGGACUCGGAUAUGGAGGACUUCUCAGCCAACAGCGAACCACAGGCAACUGUAGCAUCUGAUGAUUUUGAAAGUGAGAAUCCAGUUAUGGACAUUAAUUUGACUUGGAUGGGCGAAGUACAAACUUAUCAAUUGCGGAAACAUCAAAAGUUCACACAUUUGUUUAAGGAAGUUGCUGAACGCAACCAGGUGCCAUUGGAGGAUGUAGUUAUCAAUAUGGAUGAACAUUUCCUAAAGGCUAAUGAAUCACCCGAGAGCUUAAAACUAAAGAGCUAUCACAUGCUGAGUGGCUACGCUAUGAAGACUCAUAAAAACAAGGCUCAGCCUGCUAUUCCUACUAUUACCAAUCUUAUGAUAAAACCGAAGAGAUUCCAGUUAAAAGUGCAAGGAGAUAAAUGGAAGCGCCCUUUGAUAAUAAAAAUGAAACCCAGCGAAACAUUUAAAAUACUUUACAUUAAGUGUUCUGAGGAAAUUAAUUGUGAUGUUCAUGAUUUUAAGCUACUUUUUGAUGGUGAGCUACUUGAGCUAGAUGAUACGCCUACAAAUCAAGAUAUGGAAGGCAAUGAAAUGAUUGAUCUUCGUAUGAAGUAGAUACUUUUAAUAAGCUUGGGUUAUUGAAGUUCUAAACCUAA